AUGGAAACGACGACGACGACGAGUGACGAUGACGAAGAGGAGGUCCCAACUGCCAUCGACGUUUUCCACCUUGUCGACGUCUUCAUCGUCGUCUUCGCCGCGUUGUCGUCCAUGCUGGUGCCCGUGUCGUCGUCGUCGUCUUCCGCCGUCUACACGCCCGGCUUGUCGGUGUCGGCAUUCAAGGCAGUUGUGCGACGAGCAGCAGCAGCAGCAGCAGCAGUGGAAAAUGGACGAAUGAAGAAUGCUAAUGAGAAGAGGAGCAAGGGAGGAAACAGCAGCAGCAGCAGCAGCAGGAAGCGACCCAGGUUCGAUUUCGCCAGACUCGCCGAGUCCGCCACAUUGCAGUCAUCUUCGUCGUCGUCCUCCUCGUCGUCGUCGGCGUCCUCGUGUUCCGACUCGGACAGUGGCGACUUUUUCGUCGCGGGAGGCAACGACGCCGACGGGGACAGCAACAACAACAACAACAGCAGCAGCAGCAGGAAGAACAAUGAUGAGCUCAUCCGUCGUCGUCGUCGUCGUCUUCGUCGGCGUCGUCGAAGAGCAGAGGUCGUCGUCUUCAGCAGCAGUAGCCAGAAUAAUAAUAAUAAUAAUAACGACGAAGGCCGAGAAAAGAUGAGCAACCGCAACAAUAACCAUCAGCAUCCGUAUCAACACAGGACGAUACCUGCACCAGCGUUGUCGACGGUCGUGGUACCAGCACCUGCUGCUGCUGCUGGUCGUGUCAUCGUCACGAAUACCAACAACGGCACCAGCAGUGCCAUCAUGACAACCGCCAUUGCGACGAACCUGGCCACCAACACCACCACCACCAUGAGCAGCAGCAGCAGCAGCAGUGUUGUGAACAAUAAGAGGGCGUCGAGGCCCAAGAAGCAGUUCAUCUGCAAGUUCUGCCAGCGCCAGUUCACCAAGAGCUACAACCUGCUGAUCCACGAGAGGACGCACACGGACGAGCGCCCGUACUCGUGCGACAUCUGUGGCAAGGCGUUUCGGAGGCAGGACCACUUGCGAGACCACAGGUACAUCCACUCCAAGGAGAAGCCCUUUGUUUGUGGCGAGUGCGGCAAGGGCUUCUGCCAGUCCCGCACCCUGGCCGUCCACAAGGUGCUCCACCUGGAGGAGUCGCCCCACAAGUGCCCCACCUGUGGGCGCACUUUCAACCAGCGCUCCAACCUCAAGACCCACUUGCUCACCCACACCCACAUCAAGCCCUACCACUGCGCCCGCUGCGGCAAGGUCUUUCGUCGCAACUGCGAUCUCCGGCGCCACAGUCUCACACACGGUGGCAGCGGUGGUGGUGGUGGUGGUACUACUACUAAUGGAGCUACCACAAACAACAACAACAACACCAACAAUGUGCUGGCGACGGCGGCAUCCCUGAUGAAUCCUUCUUUAGAUGCGAGGAAAUUCAGCGCAACUUACGAAUACCUGAGAGACGGUCAGUUUUUGGACACACUUCAUUGGUCGCCAGCAUCCGGAACCUAUUCUGACUUUGGACUCCACACCAAGGACGUGAGUCUCAAGCGCGAACCCGCGCAACCCGGACAACCCUCUGUCAAGCCCGAACUCGUCCGCGUCACGCGUUCGGAACCCAAACCUGGGUUCGUGGACUCCUUGGUU